AUGAAUAUAUUACCGAAGAAGAAAUGGCACGUUCGGACCAAGGAGAAUAUGGCCAGAGUCCGCCGAGACGAAGCAGCGGCUGCCGCGGCCGAAGAAUCUCGAUUGGAAAGAGUUAAACUGGCUGAACAAGAAAGACGAGUCGAACUACUCAAAGCCAAACAAGAUCAGUUCAAAAGCGUCAAGUCCGAAGGUGCUACAGAGUAUUCAGAAGGACUUUCUUCAACGUUUUCAGACAGAGCGGCGCUAAAAGGAGAAGCUACAGCAUCAACUUCGCGACUGACUUCCUCUUCAGCUUCUGGACAAGAUGGACUGGCUUCUUCAUCAAAUAUUGGCCAAGGACAAGCUUCAAAACAUUUGAAUUUCUUCGAAGAGCUAGAGCAACAAGAACGAAGUAACAUGGCCAGCGUAAACAAGGAAUAUCAGGCCGAGAAGAAGGCUGAACAACAUGCUUGGGAAAGCAAAAUGGGUAAGGUCAUACCGUUUUAACGUUACAGUGCUUUACACUUUAAUAAUAAAGUGAAUUUACAUACACCUACUACGUAUAAAUCAAGUCACAAAUUUAUAAAGACCUAAAUUCAUAUAGAACAAUAAUUUUAGGUAUAAUGAAAAAGUUUGCGGAAGAUACGAACGAAAUAACAGGCACCAAACAUUGGUGGGAGUCGAUAGAAAGAAUAAAACCAGAAGAAGAACAACCAAAAAAGAAGACGAAAGAGCACAAAGUGGAAAAGAAAGAGAAAAAGAAGAAGAAAAAGAGGAAAAGACGUUACUCAUCUUCAUCUGACGAAGAUUCUGCUGAAGCCAAGAAGAAGCGACUUCAGGCGAUGAGAGAAGAACGAAUCAGAAGAGAGGAGGCAGAGAAGCAGAGAGAGGCUAAGUUCGUCAAACGAUAG